CAAGCCCGGCACGGCCGCCUGCUGCUCGCCACCGCCCCAGGAAACAAACAGCUCUAUGAAUGUCCAAUGUGUGAUCUUGUCUGUGCAAGCCCUCAGAUUCUCCAAGAACAUGUUGACUUACACUUAGAGGAGUGUAGCUUUUCGGAAGGUAUAAAUGUAGGUGAUUUAGAAUUGGCUCGGCAGCUCCAAGAUGAAGAAGAUAGACAGCAACGAUUAGAAGAAGUGAAAAAGGAGAAGGAAGAAUUUAAAAAACUACAGAGACAAUAUGGUUUGGACGAUUCUGGUGGCUACAAGCAACAAUUUCUAAAGAACAUGGAGAGGGAAGUGAAUAGAGGAAGAAUGCAGCCUUUUGAAUAUCAUAAGAGGAAGACAGACAUGAUGGAAUCUUUGGCUUUUGGUGUAGAUGAUGGAAAAACAAAGGCCUCAGGUGUCAUUGAAGCACUGUGCAAGUACUAUCAAAAUGAAUUCAAAGAUGUAAGGCGCAUACGGCUUUCUGUAGGAGUGGAUCACUUCAGCUCAUCCUUGGGAGACAGGGGCUGGGGCUGUGGUUACAGAAACUUCCAAAUGUUGCUUUCUUCAUUAUUGAAGAAUGACAUGUAUAAUGAUUGCUUGCAAGAUCAUACAUUAAUUCCCAGUAUACCAAAAAUUCAAUCCAUGAUUGAAGAUGCUUGGAAAGAAGGUUUUGACCCUCGAGGAGCAUCUCACUUCAAUAAUAGAUUACGUGGUACAAAGGCAUGGAUAGGAGCAUGUGAAAUUUAUUCCCUGUUAACCAGCCUCAGAUUAAAAUCUCAUUUGAAAUGUCUUUAUAGAUGUCAGGUUAUUGACUUUCACAAACCAACUGGCCCUAUGGGUACACACCCCCGUUUAUUUGAGUGGGUUUUGAGCUACUAUUCUAGAGGCAGAGAAGAUGGUGCAAAAGUUGUGUGUACCUCAAAGCCACCUCUCUACUUGCAGCACCAAGGUCAUAGCCGUACCGUUGUUGGAAUAGAAGAGAAGAAGAAUAGAACGUUAUGUUUACUAAUAUUUGACCCAGGGUGCCCUUCGCAAGAAAUGCAGAAGCUGUUAAGACACAACAGUGAUGUUACCUUUCCAAAGCAACUUCGGAAAUUUGUGGGUAGCUUAAAAGAUAAGCAGUACCAAAUAGUGGCUGUAGAUGGUGUACUUUUACCAGAAGAAAAAGCAGCUCGGCGUGAGGCUUCUCAGGUCUUCACUGCGGAGAAGAUCCCGUAAAGGCUACUGCCUUCAUUCCUGCACAAUAUUAUGGAUGUGAAACCUUAAAAGUCUUUCAACAAGGCAAUGAGCAUGUGCUUUAGAUGUUAACGAACUGUACAGUUUUAAGAUUAAGAUGAAAAAUAAAUUAAAGAUUCCUAUUUUUCUUAA